AUCCACCAAAUCAUCGGAACCUGAUUCGGGGCAAAAGUUUGACCCAAAGGCGUUUUUACGACGCACAUCUACGGGGGAUACAGCUCCAAAACAAAUCACAAUAAGUCCACGUCAACGAUCACCAGAUGAUGGAAAAUCUCCACCCCUCUUAUGAACAUACCAAAGAGCCCAUCUUCCGACAUUCCUAAGCGUGUAACACACUCAAAGACUAUUGUGAUACGAAAUGGCGAUGGUAAAAAGUUCGAAAAGUUGCCAAAGUCAUCUAUUAUUACCACUGACCUCAAACCUAUCAAACCACUCAAACUACUUGGCUCAAAUGUGAAGGAUAUUAUAGCAGAGUACAUUAAAGCUUUCGAGGAAUACAAAAAUGCCAAUGAGGAGUUGUAUGAUGAUGUUGGCAACUACAUCAAGGCAUCUGAAGAGCAAGAAGUGUAUGAUGAUGUGGACAACACCAUUGAACUUCGAUCCAAUAACCGGAGCUCUAACAGACCAGUGUCUGAGAUCGCUGAGAUGACGGAGGAGGAGGAGAUGAGGGAUUUUGGAUCAGCGGGGUCAGCCUCAGCAUCAGGAGGGUCAGCCUCAAUAUCAGGGGGCUCCAUGCAAGCACCCAUCACAGAGGAGAUAUAUGAUGAUGCAGAGCAGGAUGAGCUGUAUGAGCCACUCCCAGAAGAUGAUGAAAUUCUAGAGCCGGAGGGUGUGAUUCCAACAAAGACAAUUGAAAAACCAGAGGUGGUUAUUCCAACAAAGAAGGUCAGUGCUCAGGAAGACAAGAAGGAGCAAGAGAGGAAGGCUAAAGAAGCAGCAGAAAGGAAGAAAAAAGAAGAUAAGGAAAGAAAAGAGAGAGAAAAGAAAGAAAAGGCAGAACAAGCAAGACUUGAGAAAGAGAGAAAGGAAAAGGAAAAGAAGGAGAAAGAAAUCAGAAAGAAGUUCAAGCUAACUGGAGACGAAAAGAAAACCGCUGAAGGAGUGGUGAGGGCCAAGGCUAAGGGCGGGAAGACAGAGCUGGCAGUGGAGACCGGAGAGAUACUGGACAUCAUCCGGAUGACCGAAAACCCAGCAGGGAAGUGGCUUGUGAUGAACAGAGAAGGAACAUAUGGCUAUGUGGAAUCAAAGAAUAUUGAUAUAGAAGAAACUGCAAUUAAAAAGCACACACAGGACCUAGCCAGUAGUUUGGAGGCAAUGAUCGAGUACAUUAUUCGGAUUCGACCUCAAGACUACUACCAGUACCGACAAACUGCCAUGAAAGUAGUUGAUACCCCUGUUGCCAUGGAGGGGGAAUUUGGGCCGGAAGAAAUGUAUGAAGAUUUGGAUGACUUUCAACAGGAGCCAGAAGAAAUUUAUGAAGAGUGUUCCUGAUGUCCCUCUUUGACAAGAUAUCUAUUCCACACAGAAGGACGCAGCCUAUUGUGAAUGUGACACAAUAUCAACAAGGGGAGGUCACUCUUGCCUCAUUAAAGGGAGAUAACAACUUGAAUCACUGUCAACAGUGCUAUUUUUGUACAGCAUAUCUGCUGAUCAAUAUCCAUGGAAAAUAUAACCGAGAGAUUCAUUGUCAUUAUGUCCACAGUGAACUAAAGAUACACCUAUACUCAAUUCUUGUGUGAAAGUAAAUGUACUGUGAUUUUCAAUACUGUUACUUUAUAUUAGUGGCCAGUUUGUGGAACUAAAUGUCCUUGUUUGCUCAUUAGGUUAUGAUCCACUGUGAUACGCCGGGAACAUUCUGGGAUGUAGAGAUUGCUCUGUGUUUUACACUUCUGUAUUUGAGAAAUUCACUUUGUUUGCUUAGGCUGUAUGGUUAGAUUAAUUUGCAUGGCUAUAGGUGUUACAUUUGAAAAUGUAAACCAUUCCAUUUUUUUAGUUUUACACUUUUAAAUGUAUUUUAAAUUUCUAACUUAAUUUUGUGACUGAAUGAAUCAGGUUCCAUAAUUGUUUUGGAAGGUUGCCUAAAUUGUGCAAUAAUAAUAGAAAUAUUCCAAUUAGACAUUUCGUGUGAUUUAAGGUCUCCGUUCAUAUAAACAAUGCAAUGAUGUAACCAUAGAUUUUUAUACUUAGGAUGAAUUCAUAGGAAACAAAUUACCCCUAAAUUCUUUUAAUCUGCACAAUUUUUGAGAAUGAUUAUACUUAGAAUUAUUUACUUCCUGUUAUGUUUUUUCUCUGAAUUGUAUCUAGUUUAUGCACAUGGAUCAUUUGACAUAGAUCCAAACUUCUCUGUUUUAGUUACAACACUAGGUCUGUUUCAAACAGCACUGGUUUAUUAUAAAUGUAGAUAUAUGUGUACAUAUCUGUGUGCAUGUAAUGCAAGGUUGUACUAUAGAUAGCAUGUUGAUGUUGAGAUACAGUUCAUAAUAACUGGCUUGCUGUAGUAAGACGGUCAACAGUAUUGCCUCCUGGGUGCCAUUGUAUAUAGAGUUCUUAGCGCUAAGGUGAUCAUAACUCUGAUACUUUAACAAAGACUUACAACAGAUGUAGCGCUAAGGUUGUUUUGUACAAUGGCACCCAGAUCUGUGGGGAAUAUUUUUUUAAAUUAUCUGCCAAAGUAAAAUCUGUAAACAUGAUCCAAUUUUUGAAAAUACAAAUCACCUAAUGAAUUUUUUUCUCACAUCAGGAUGCCAAAACAACCCAAAUUGAACGUGCCAUAGUGAAGAUUAAAUGGCUGGGCCAUUAGUAAUGAUGGAGUUGAGUGCCAUAUAAAUUCUACAGGAUGGCAUCUGCAGGUACUCUUUCCUUGAAGUGAACAAUACGAUAACGUGUAUGCAAGUGUUUCAGCCUGUUUAUUUUGUUGUGUGGAAGUGUUGACUGGAUGUAUGUUACCAUAGAUAUUGUGAUGAUUUGUGAACUCAAGACUUUUAUGGCACCUAUUCACUUGGAUAGUUUGAAACACAUUUCCAAAACUUUUAGCUUUCCUUCCAUAAAAUUAACUGUGAAGAUGGAGGAUGGG